CAGUUCUCGUUCAGCUUCGCCGACGGCACGACGUGUUCCACAGAAAUCCAAGAAAAUCACCUGAAAAACCUAGGGAAAUUGUCGUGUUGUUCUUCGGCGCGGCCCACACAAAAACGCAAAUUGAAAACUUCUCAGCCAAAAAAUUCUGUUCAAUUUUUGAAAAACAAUUUCUUGUAUGAAACAACAAAAAACCUAAGAAACUCUAAAACAAAAACACGACUUAAAAUCAAAUCGUAGAAAAAUAAUAAAAACCGAUAAAUGUAUGAAUGUAUAUAGUAUAUUUGGAAUGACAGGCAUUUGAUUGAUUUGUGUCACCAAUGAGCUAACAAUCCGGCCCACAAAUCAACAACAACAACAACCCAACAACAACAACAACAACAAAUCAUAACGACAAAAAUCAACCAUCAGCGGAUGCCGAGAGACUCGACGCGGCGCCUCAAGGCCGGCUAACGCUUAACCCCACUCGCUCCAAAACGCCUCAGCUUCAACCUAACCCAGGCAGCUGUAACCAUGUGAAUGGCCAGAAUGCUACAAUUAAAACUACUAAACAACUACCAGCCAAAGCAGAGCCCCGUCCACAACUAGAGAGCCGAGCAUCACCAUCCAGCGCUAGACCCAGAGCUUGAGCUACGCCAGAGCCAGAGCCAGAGACAUACAGAGGGAGGGAAGAGCUGCCACAGAGACCCACACAACAUCGUCAUGGCCGGGCCGCAGAUACAGCACACCCAACGCCCCAACAGCGCCUACUACACAGGUCUGAAUGGGAGCGGUGGUGGAGGUGGAGGUGGAGCCAGUGCCUCGGGGAUGGCCAGCAGUGCCUCGCACACGGGACUGCACGCCCUGCGCCAGGUGACCAACGAAACGGAGCUCAUCUAUCGGGGCAGUCACAGCAAUGGCACCGUCAACGAGCUGCCCUCGACAGCCGCACAUCAUCAGCUGCUCGCGGGCCGCAUCCCCCAGCAGCAACAACAGCAGCAGCAGCAGUAUCCGCAUCAGCAUCAUCAUCAGCAUCAGCAUCAACAGCCACAUCACCAGCAGCAGCAUCAACAGCAUCAACAGCAAGUCAGCAGCAUAGCCGGGACCGGAUCAAGUGCCACGGACGCCCUUAUUGGCACCAUUGCCACAAGUGCCGGUGGCGGAUGCGGAAGUGGUGGCGGUGGCGGUGGCGGUGGCAGCAGCAGCACAGUGAUGACAGCACUCGGUCACCUGAAGAAGUCCAAUACACAGCGCAGCAUCGAGAUAAUUGUGGAUGCCACCCAGUGUGGCAAGGAGGUGGGCGCCACAGCGACACCGCUGGACCCCGACGAUGUGGAGCAGGGUGGCGGUGGCCAGGAGUCGUCCUCCUCGAUGCGCAAGUCGUCGCGCCAUCGCCACCGGCCGCUCCACCGGCGACUGAUCAGCUAUCUGCGCAACCUCUUCCAAGGCAGCACCACGCAAACUGAUUCGGAACUGGAGGAAUUCGAGACGCCAGCACGCUACAGACCGGACUCGCUGAGUGCCCUGAGUCGGGCGACCCGCUUCACGGAGGACGAGAUCAAACGAAUUUAUCGCGGCUUUAAGGCUGAGUGCCCCACGGGCGUCGUCAAGGAGGACACCUUCAAAGUGAUCUACUCUCAGUUUUUUCCACAGGGAGCCAACCCAACCUUAUACGCACAUUAUGUAUUCAAUACACUGGAUCAGGAUCGCAGCGGUAUUGUCAGCUUUGAGGACUUCGUUCAAGGACUUUCGAUAUUGUCGCGUGGCUCCGUGGAGGAGAAACUACGCUGGACCUUCUCGCUGUACGACAUCAAUGGAGAUGGCUUCAUUACGAGGGAGGAAAUGACUGACAUUGUGACUGCCAUAUACGAGCUAAUGGGCCGCCUGCCCGACGAGUAUCCCGAGGAGGAGAAGAUCAAGGGCAAAGUGGAGCAAAUCUUUCAGAAAAUGGAUAUCAAUCGCGAUGGCGUUGUGACGCUGGAGGAGUUCCUAGAGGCCUGUCGCAACGAUGAUGCCAUUUCCAGAUCUAUGUCCUACACGGUUCGACGGCCGCGACGCAGUCGCAGCCAGCAGCAACGACAGCAGGAGCCAGAGAAACGUAAGUCAAACCACAAGACGAAGAACAAGCAACAGCAAAAACAACAGCAACAACAUAGCACUAGACACCAAGCGGCAGCCAUAGGCUGCCACAUCAUCGACAUGGACGGUGGCAGCGGCGGCAGCACCACACCCACAACAACAUCAGCGGCAACGGCCAGCACAAUGAACUGCAACAUCCACCACCACCAGCAACACCAGCACCACCAGCAGCAGCAGCACCACCACCACCACCACGAAGAGGAGUACGAUGAGUACGAUGAUGAGGAGGAUGACAAAACUGACGAUGAUGAUGAUGAUGAGGAUGAAGACGGCAUUAGUCGGACGGCUAUUUGUCGGCACUGCCAACGUCCCCAAUGGGAAGUCCUUCAGCGACCAAUGCGCCAAUACAGAUCCCGUUCCAAGUCCACGUCCAAGUCGCACAAGCGCAGUAAGAGCAGGAAGCGCCAGCCAAAUCAUCAGAGGACGGGGCAACACCAUCAACAGCAUCAACAUCAGCAUCAGCCGCCGCGCUGGCCCGAGCUGAACGUGGCCAACGAGCAGGCCAUUCGCUUCCGCUGCCCGCAGGUGGGGCCGCAGGUGGGUCGCGACUUGCACACACCGCAGCCCAUGCACUUCCACCAUCCGCAGUCACAGCCCCAGCUACAAUCGCAGCUGCAGUUGCAGGUGCCGCAGCAGUUUGUGUUGCAGCCCAAGAUGGCUGCUGGAUCAAAAAAAAGCAAAAGAAAAUCCCGACAACGUCAGCAGCAGCACCAGCAGCAGCAGCAAAAGGAUGCGCACGCUCCAGAAGGAACAGAGCUCACUCGAAGUCCAGCCACAGCCCGAGCCCAACCAAGGGCGGCAGGAAUGGCAGCCGGAGGAGGCGUAGAGGUAGCUCAGCUGCCUUUGCCCCCAUUGCACGUGGUUGUGGGUGGGCCGGAAGAGGGAGAGGGCGAGGGAGAGGAGGAGCAGCAGCUGCCCGCCACGCCGGACUCGCCGUCGCUGGUGACGGUCAGCACUUGGUACACGGUGGCCAAACAGGGUGUCUCCUGCUAAUCUGUGCAAAAUUUGCAUAAAAACAAAAUGAAAUGCGCAACGAGAAAAAGCAACGCGAUUCUGACAAACAGAAAGACAGAAAAAAAAACAAAAAAAAUGAAUAUACAUAGCUACCAAAUGUCCAUAAAUAUGCAAUUAUGGUCAAGAGUGUGGAUGUGUUUAUGCAGCGACUACAUACAACUGCAACAAAAUGCAGCGACAUCGCAGCAGUCCAGUCAGAGCACCAGCAACAACAACAACAACAACAGAAACAGAAACAGCUAUGAACAUACUCCAUUGGCUGCAUAAUUAGCAGGGUGGCAUUUAAUGGGUUAGCCGCAACCCCAAACCCAAACAAACACUGCUUGCAAGCAGUUCUAUCUCUGUAAGUAUAUUCGCGCGUCAUGCAAGUGCAAGCAGCUGCUGCUUGACCAUCUGAUGGACCCAAGCAAGCAGUUUCGUUCAGUUUUUGAAGCAAAAGCCAAGGCAAAUGUUUUAACCCAUGUUCUGCAUGUAAGUACUCCCCCCAUCCCAAGAAAUGGCCCAUUGAAAAUUUAUAUGUAUAUGUCUACGGCAUACCAAACGAAAGCUUUAUACAAUGAAAACUAAAACUAAAACUAAAACCUUACUCUUAAUGAUUAAAACAAAGAAAGUACAUAUAUUGAGAAAAUUGAAUGACAGAAAAACUAUAUUUAUACGAAUGAGAAAAACCUAAAGAACAAAACAAAAAACAAAAAAAAAACAACUCGAAAAACAGGAACUAGCAAAGAAAAAUAUAAAUGAAUUUCAACAUUAUUGAAACUUAAUUGGAACCAUUUUGAACUUCUACUUAAAAUACAAUAUUUAAAAAAAGAUCUAUGUGUAGAUAAUUAAAUGUGAACUCUGUGCUGUCUAAAUCAAAAUAAUGAUAACAAACCCAUAGAGGAGGACACAGUACCAGUAAAUACAUAGUGUUCCCUUGCGCAUGUUGUUGAAUUUAUUCCAUUUGGUUGUUGUCAUUGCAAACUGGGUAUUUCCAUUGCCAAAUUACUCGUAUAGGGAUCAGAGGGGGAUGGCGAUGAGGAAUGAAUGCCUUCUAGUCUGCCUGUAUAUACUGAGAGAUAUAUGUAUGUAUGUAUGUCCAGUCUGUGCAACCAGGCGUGAGUGUGUUGGAGAGUAUUGGAAGUUGAAGGCAAAUCAAAUAUAAAACAAACAUGUUUGAAUAAGAAAUUGGACCACAACAACAAUGCAUAAGGCAAACAGUUACAGCAGCUAAAACUACAACAAAAGGAGUAGCAUUAACCGAUAUCCCAUGCAUGUAUGUACGUUGUACACACAUACAUACAGCGCAGACCUGUAUGCUUACAAUACGAGUAUUUAUCAAGUGAAUUGGUGUGUUAAUGUAAUUUUUUGUAGCUAGAUAUAAGUGACACAAACACUAACAGUCAAAAGCAACAAACGAAGAUGAAGAAAACUAUUAGAAAUAGAAGAGAAAAUGUUGAAAAUGAAUUCUCAAUGUAUAUAGUGUGGAAAUGGUUUUUCAUUUGCUUGCAGUUCGCAGUUAAACCUACUAAAGAAUCCUUCUCUAUAUUACUCUAAACUCAAAGUAAUUGUUGCAUUUUAAAACCCCUAUAUUUACAAUACAUAGCUGUGUACUUUAGCUGUAGUCUUCCAGGAGUAACCGAAACAGCAAAUUAAACUGAAACAGAAACUGAUACAGAAACAGAAACCGGAGAAGAAACCGGAGCAGAACCCGGAGCAGAAACCGAAACCGAAACCGAAACCGAAACCGAAACCGACACCACACUAGUCGUCAGGUGAGGCGAUGUGAACUCUAUUCCAAGUAGAUGAAAACCUGUAGCAAAAUUGUACCUUAGCUGAAAAACCUCGAAAGCUUUCAAAACAUAAACUAAAACUAAAUCUACAACUAAAUUUAAAUUCAACGAAGACCUUACAAAUGAAAAACCAACCGGAAUAUAAAUUGUAAAACAAUAAAACUUAUAAAUAGUCGAAAUCGUGUCCAAAGUAAAAUUGCGAAAAGCUCUCUAACAAUAAAUGUGUUGCUGUCGAAAUCAAGGCGUUCAAUAUUAUAAUGGGAUACGAGUAUAUGUACAUAUUAUACAUACGAAAAAUUAUAUUAUUUUUAGAUAAAUGUUAUCAAUGGCGUCGGAGUCAUAGGCAAACAAACCUAGCAACCUCUAUAGCAAACUCUACCCAAAACUAUCUGAAUUCCCCCCCUGAAAACACUCCCAUGGUUAUUCAAAGUAAAGUCCUUCAAACCAUUGGUUUCCUUCUACAUAUGUAUGUAAGCCAAGCGGGAUCCGAUCUGAUCUGAUCCCAGGCAUCCACGACAAUAUAGAACCCAAUAUAGAACUCGAAGACACGAACCUGACUAUCCGACACAACCUAUAAACCGAUAAACCUGUGCAAUACGAUACUCACCUACGUUCAAUUCGUACCCACCCCAGAACGAAGCCCCCGUCUAAGCCCCCAGCCCGAUUUCAAUCUUGAGAUCUUGAGAACACACUCGCACACAAUUCUCAGUUGGUGGAAAAUCAGUCUUACAUCACAGUUCUUUUUUCUCUCUCUCUCUCUCUCUCUCUUUCUCUCUCUAGCUCUCAAUCUUUUUCUGUGUUAGUCUGUGCGUGAAUUAGCAAUAAAAUCUUAAAUGCAAAAUCUAUUUCAAACAAAUAAUGUGUCAAAUUUUCAACAACAAAAACAAAUUCAAAGAAAAGGAUGGCAAGCAAAAGAAGAAGAAAAAUAAUGAAAGAAACAAUUGGAGGAUUGCCAACCAAGUUGCAAGUAUUUUCCAGGCCUAAGCCUUAAAAGUGUAAACCAAGAAACUUGAAUUAGAAGAAUCGUAAUGAGAAGAAAACGUUAUUGUAUAGAGAAGCUCCUUGGAGGGCGCGUGUGGCUUUUUUCCUUAUUUAUAAGCUGUUAAAAUCAAAUUUUACUAAACGAAAUUAAGUAUUGAACAAAGCCAAGAAAGUCAUUUAAAAGGAAAAUAAACGAAAAACUUAAGAAUUAUGUACUAAAUACAAACAAAAAAAAAAGAAAAAAAAAUCUCGUUUUAGAGAAAUAUUUGAACUUUCAGUUAUUGCUGUAAAAACUGUAUUUGUACAUCUACAUAUAUGUAUAUGUAUAUGUAUAUAUGUAUAUCGUAUUAAAGAAACAAAAACAGAAAAUACAUGUCAUACAAUAGCAUAGGCCUAAGAAACAAUUUAAAAUAAAACAAAUUAGCGAUAGACGAACAUUUCAGCCCAACAGCUCUGAAUUGUCCAAGAGCGGGUCCAGAAUGCAGAUGGACAGACGGACAAACAGACCAGUGCGAGGGGGGUAUAUCAAAAUCCGAAUUGUUUUCAAACGCAAACGAGCAAAAGCAAGAGCAAGAGCAAAAGUUUUUAGCCAAUGAGUCAAACCAAAAGAGAAUUUCAAGUUUUAUCAAUUGAUCGAUCGGUGAACGAGGUCUUCGUUCGCUUCCCAGGUGAUCCUCAAAGAUGUGGUGGAAGUGGAAGCCGAUGUACUAGCGUCAGGCUCAGGCCAGAGCGACUAUCAUCACUGAGUUUGACCAUCAGAUGACUCAGUUCACAACUGAGCGAAACGAAACGACACGAAACGAGACGAGACGAAACAAUUGAGUAAAAUAAAUGUUAUAAACACAAUUACAAAUUGAAAAUUGAUAAUUACGAGUAUAUACACAUACAUAUAUACCCAGCAAACUAGUUGUAAACAUAGCUGAUCUUUUUGGUGUAAAUUUUAAAUGAGAAAACCAAACGAACAAACCAAACAACUUUCCAUGCAAUAAAAACAAACUAAAUGUUUCAAAACUAAAAAACAAAACCAAAAACAAAAACAAAAAACA